AUGAUGAUCAAGAUUCAAUCAUUAUCAAUAGCAAGUUGUUUCAAUUGUUUACCCAAUGAACUUAUUUUGAUUAUUUGGACAUACUUAGGUCAUGUUGAAUCAAUUAGAAUAUUUGGAACUAUGAAAUGUCAACGAUACACACGUCUAUUAGAAAAAUAUUGUUAUAAAAGUAUCAAUUUUCGUGAAGCAUCGUUAUCAUCUUUUCAACUUUUUUGUUCUCAUUUAUUCAAUAAAAUCCGAUUGAAUGUAGAAACAUUAAAAAUUGGUCAUCGAUUUUCUUAUUCCCAACUACGUAUUUUUACACAAAUGCGUUCAGGUUUUGUAACACUUUUGGAAAUGUUUCCAAAACUCCAACAACUUGUCUUGUACAAUGUUCCUGAAAUGAAUAGUGAUGAUCUUGAACCUUAUCUGGUAGUUAUUCCGUAUCUACAACAUGUGACACUUAAAAAAUGUUCAUUGAAGAAAGUAUCAUCUUUGAUAUGUUCAAAUCUUCUUGCUCAUGGAACAAUCAGUCAACUACAGAGAUGUAUUCUUCAUAGUGAUCAUAGAAAGAAUGGCAUUAUUUUUCAUGCACCAAUUUCAUUCUUUUAUCAACUACAAAAUUCUCUUAUUUAUCUUCGAAUUUAUAUCGAGGAUUUUAUUUCAUUGAAAAAUUUACUUCAAUUUCUUCCAAAACUCUUAACACUUGCUUUCAUUCACAAAGAUCCUGCUUAUUGUCAUUCAUUAGUAUAUGUUGAUGGAAAUCUUCUUUUCAACGAACUUAUAGUUCAUAUAACAAAGUUAGAAAAAUUUAAUUUUUCUAUUGAAACAGCUUGUUUAUGUAAUCAACAAAUGGAUUAUUUUAUUAAAUCAUUUCAAACCAACUAUUGGCUAUCUAUGUUAAUUGGAUUGUAUUAUGAUAAAUUGAAUUGUAUUUAUGUCAUUUUUUCAUUACCUUAUGGAUUUUCUGAUUAUUUUGUGACUACGACGGGUAUCAUGUAUACACAAUUCAAUCAGACUGGAUAUCAACUUAAUGAUUUAGUACCAAUGCUAUUUGCAAAACCUUAUCAAGUGUCUGUAAAGAUUGGUCAAAAUGAAACGUUAAGUUCAUCAUUUGUGGCUUUGUUGAAACAAGGAACUUAUCGAGGUGAAGAACUUAUUAACACGACUAUGACUUGGCUCAACUGGAUGCCACAUCUACGAUUAUUGCGCAUCGAUUCACAAAUGUUAUUGAAGCUUGUGCAAACAAUUAAUCUUAGUGAUAAAAUUGAUCAAUUUUCAUCUCUCGAAAAACUUGUUGUUGAUCAACUAAAUAAUACUCCAGAUGAUGAUGACGACACUUUAAAUACCAUUGCUCGAUUAGGUGUAUCAUUGUCAUUGCAAGCCAUUUAUCUUCAGGAAUAUAAAAUGUUACAUUUUCAAUCAAUAGAUGACAACAAUUUUCUUUUGACUAUUUGUCAAAUUUGUUGCAAUAUGCAUAAACUGGAGACGAUGACAAUUAAAUUUGCAAGUCCAAAUUCAUUAUCCAAUAGUACAAUGGUGGAAAAACUUGCUGGUACUGAAAAGAAAAACUGUCAAUUCGAAUGUAUCUAUGUUUCAGACAGUUUUAUUCAAUUUUGGCUUGACAAAUGAUAGAAAUCAGUGAUAUUCUCUUUUUCUUAUUUGUCUGAAGAAAAAUGUACUGUACUUCAAAUCUAUUUGUUGUUCUCAUUUAUGAAUUCAAUCAUUCUUAAUUAUUAAAUAAAAACAAUCUAAAUGUAUAGACUUAUUGACUAGAAGAAAUCAACGUAAAGCUUCAAAUGAUUGGUAUUUAACAGUAGUUCUUUUUCCAUUAUUGGUUUUCCAUUUGCUUCUCUUAAAAAAUAUGCACAUCAAAGUUGAAACUAAUGCAAAUUUUCUCAAUCAGAUAGUGCAAUACGAAUCCCUAGUGAGUUAUAAUAUGAAUUUUAUAUGGCUCUUUGUUUUUAUAAUACAAGACAUAUCUAUAUUGAUCUGUUUUAUUAUAUAAAUGUUAGCAAUUCAAAUUUCCGAAAAUCGUUAUUUGUCAACUUAAAAAAGGUUCAUAAUAAUAAUUUGUAAUUCUGUUGGCAAUACGUCUCUGCAUAACAGACAUGCUAUUUUUACCAUAGUUGUUCAGUGUCAAUGCUUUUCUCAAACUCUUACUUAAUAAGUUUCAACAAUAUAUUAUUUAGUUAAACAUAAUUAAUUUCCAUUAGAAAAGGUGGUGGAAAGAGACGAAAACAUUUAGAUAGCUAUAGCAUAGCAUGUGUCCUA